AUGCCAUUGGCUGCGUUUGCGUUAUGCUUAACGUGUAGUUUAAUAGCUUGGGCUUGGCAAUUAUUUUUGAUUUAUCAAGACCCACUAGCAAUAUAAUUAUCGCACGUAUAGCGGAUUGAAGUGGCUUAAGGCCCAGAAUUUAAUGACGAUUGAAUUGCACGAGUUAUUAUUGUUUUUCUGCAUUAGCAAAACGCAGACGUGUUCUUUCUCAGUGUAGCGGCCAUGUUGGCAACUUGUAUAAACUUUUAAUUCAUAAACCGGAUCGCUUAAGACAAACGUCGGAUAAAGAAACAUGUUUUUAAGAGAAUUUAUCAGAUAGAAAGUAUUUGUGAAAUUUGAUCUCAGCAAUGGCAUCUUCGAAACCGGUCAAUGUAGAUAACUCUGUGACUUUAGACGAUGUUCGCCGUAUUAAGAAUGGAGGGUGCGAACCUACGUCUCUUGAUAAUGAUCAGCAUUCCGAAUCCAGUUACACAGACAGUCUGGAUGCCAAUUCCACGGAUGAUAAACCAAAAGUCAAAGGCAGACGAAAGAAAAAAUCUCGACUUCCAGUUCUAAAAGAUGCGCCUUUAUCCGGACCUAAAACGGCUAAUCCGCCCCAACGAGUAAACAGUCCAGACUCCAUAGAAGGGGAGAGAGUCGAAGGAGAAAACCCGGGUAACGACGAAACUGUUGUGAACGGAGCUUAUAAUUGUUGUUCGGAAGCAACAGAGAAUAGAGAUAAACUUUCAGAGAAAAGGUGUCAAAGGAGUCAUUCGACUGAAGAACAUGGAUCUAAAAAUUCCAGUCGCUCUAGUCUGUCCAGGCGGGAAACAAUCGACUUAGGUGAGACCAAGACCAAAUGUUGUGCUGGGCAGGGAUUGAAAGAAGGAAAAAUGGACAUGUUCAUGAACUCUAACGAAUGCAUCUUAAUCCCACAUCCUCAUGGACAACCGGUCCACAAAGAUACCAUCACUAGUCGAAUGAGAAUUGAGAAAGCACACAAUGAACACAUGGAAUCCGACAAAUCCGCCUUAGAUUAUCUAACACCCUUUCAGAGAAAAGAACACGCCAUCAAGGAUCUGAAAAGAGAGCAAAGAAAGUUGAACAAACUCCUCGAAGAAAGACAUAUGGAAAUUGAGCAUCUUCGGGAAGGUCUUGGCAAAGAAGCUCGGGAGCUGUUGACAACCAAAGACGAUAAAAUUGAGGAAGUUCAGAAACAGUUCGAUGACAUGGAAAAGAAAUACGAAGAGUUGAAAAGAUCGUACGAGGAGUCGGUGAAGACGGUUACUAAUCUGGAGGCAACGGUAGAGGACCUAAAGGAAAAUAUAGCAGAUAUUAAUCAGAAACACGAAGCUUUAUAUUUGGAGAUGUAUGUCAAAGGUCAAAAUGCUGCCAGAUACGAACGAGAAGAAGAACUCCUAUUCUUCCAGAUUGAGCACAUGGCAGGUAAAGCGAACAACAAACUGUUUAAAAAGUCCAAGGAACAACCCGAUGUCAACAUAAAAGAACUUUUAGCGAAGUUAAAUCGCACCCAAGAAGAACUUGCCAAAUGGCAGUCAUUAAGACGUCAGGAAUCUUACCAAGAAUCUGAUAAACCAGAAACGGAAGCCGAAGCCACGCUAAGAUUUCUCCGUGAUUCAUUUUACCACUAUAUGACCGAUUCCAAAGGCCAAGACGACCAUAUGAGAGCUAUGAUUCAAAUAUUUAAUUUCACGGAGGUUCAGAAGAAAAAACUUACCAAAUGUCUUCUAGAUAGAAAAUCUAAAACAUAGGUCCUAUGUUCUUAAGAAUUAGUAAUUAUUAAAAAAAAACCGCAAGUAUAGCGACAUGAGGAAAAACUCAAUGAAAUCCGUAACAUAUUUCCAAAUUCUAAACUGGAAAUAAUUUGGGAUUGAUAAUACUGCUUAAUAAAACUAAUGUAGUCAGAAAUUCAGUAAUGGGUUACUGUGCGAAAAUGUUUCCACUUUUAAAUUAUUUCUGCAUUCUAAUAUGGGCUUAAAAAGAUGGUGGGUGUUGAUGUGGCAAUGUGUUAUCUGCAUACAAGACAUGGUGGUAAUUUCUUUUUUCUGUAGCUUAUUUUCUCCUUUCACUAUAAUACGCGAAAGGUGAGAUAUAUGACAUUAUUGGGCACUAGCAUGAGGCUAAUGUAGGGUAGAUUCCCCUUUUUAAAGAUGCUAUAUAUUGUACAAUAUGUACUGGUAUAGUAUUAUGUAUAUACAGUAAUUAAUGAGUUGAUAUUAAUUUAACCCAUUGUGACUUAAGGUGCCAAAUAUCAGUAAUCAGGCAUUCGUGAAUGUCGGGAUAUAUGUACCACUGUGCCUUAUUGUAUUAUUCAGUAAAACUAUUGCUAAAUAAACCAUAUUUUUUUUAUAUUUUUAAUGAUAUUCAGGAAUUGGUCAAGUAUUGAGCCUUUUUUUUUUAUUAACCUCCCUGGGAAUCAUAUAAAGACCAUAUUUGACUGGCAUUCUGUGAAGUUGGCUUUCUGGAGAAUUUAUCUUUUAGCCAAUUUACAUGUCAUAAACUGGGGUGCAUCAAAGAAUUUAACCGUAAACACAUUUUUUUUUUUAAUGUAAAAGCAUAUAAAAAAAAUAAAUAAUAUAUCUAAUUUGUCUCUUGGGAUUCCAAAUCAGUAUGAAAACCGGUCUACUAUAAAGACGAAUUUAUAUCAAUGCCAUAUGCCGUAAGAUACAAAAAAAAUGACUGGCUGGCAAAACGUUGUAGUAUAAGCUCUGGUCUAUUGCGCUGACAUUAUUUUGGUGGUAAAAUAAUAAUUGAAGUUUACAGUUAUGACGUCAAACUAACAAAAUAUUU